AGCGCACCUUGCUUUUGACAUUGCUGUGUUGGCGGAGAUACGUUGCGCGUCUUUAGUCAACGGAGCUCUAACGUUAGGUGCCAUCUACGUUAGUGUAUUUUUCGUAUUUUCGAAAACCUUCAUCACCUCUUGAGACCAAGUCAAAAUGCGUGAGUGCAUCUCCAUCCACGUGGGCCAGGCUGGUGUGCAGAUCGGCAAUGCGUGCUGGGAAUUGUACUGCCUGGAGCAUGGCAUUCAACCUGAUGGCAAUAUGCCAAGUGACAAGACCAUUGGUGGUGGGGAUGACUCUUUUAACACUUUCUUCAGUGAGACUGGCUCUGGAAAGCAUGUACCAAGAGCAGUGUUUGUGGAUCUCGAGCCAGCAGUCAUUGAUGAGGUGAGGACAGGCAUAUACAGGCAGCUUUUCCACCCAGAACAGCUCAUCUCUGGGAAGGAGGAUGCAGCUAAUAACUAUGCCCGGGGCCAUUAUACUGUUGGCAAGGAAAUUAUUGACAUGGUUUUAGAACGUGUCCGCAAACUGACUGACCAGUGCACUGGUCUCCAAGGUUUCUUAAUAUUCCACAGUUUUGGUGGAGGAACAGGCUCUGGUUUUACCUCCCUACUGAUGGAGCGCCUGUCUGUUGACUAUGGCAAGAAGUCAAAGCUGGAGUUUGCCAUCUAUCCAGCACCUCAAGUUUCUACGGCUGUAGUUGAGCCCUACAACUCCAUCCUGACCACCCACACCACCCUGGAGCACUCUGACUGUGCCUUCAUGGUUGACAAUGAGGCCAUUUACGACAUCUGUCGUCGCAACCUUGAUAUUGAGAGACCUACCUACACCAACCUCAACCGGCUCAUUGGCCAGAUCGUUUCCUCGAUCACUGCUUCUCUGAGGUUUGAUGGGGCCCUGAAUGUGGAUCUGACCGAGUUUCAGACCAACUUGGUGCCAUAUCCAAGAAUCCACUUCCCCCUGGUCACAUAUUCCCCAAUCAUAUCUGCUGAAAAGGCCUACCAUGAGCAGCUCUCUGUUGCUGAAAUCACUAGUGCUUGUUUCGAGCCAUCCAAUCAGAUGGUGAAGUGUGAUCCCCGCCAUGGCAAGUACAUGGCCUGCUGUAUGCUCUACCGUGGUGAUGUUGUACCCAAAGAUGUGAAUGCUGCCAUUGCCAACAUCAAGACCAAACGCUCCAUCCAGUUUGUGGACUGGUGUCCCACUGGGUUUAAGGUUGGCAUCAACUACCAGCCCCCCACUGUGGUUCCUGGCGGAGACUUGGCCAAGGUCCAGAGGGCUGUGUGCAUGCUGAGUAAUACCACAGCUAUCGCUGAGGCCUGGGCCCGGCUAGACCAUAAGUUUGACCUGAUGUAUGCCAAGAGAGCCUUUGUGCACUGGUAUGUGGGUGAAGGCAUGGAAGAGGGGGAGUUCUCUGAGGCCAGAGAAGACCUUGCAGCUCUGGAGAAAGAUUACGAAGAGGUUGGCACAGAGUCUGUGGAAGAUGAAGAGGAGGGAGAGGAAUAUUGAUUUCCAAGAAGAUAAGUUGUUUCAAGAAGUUGAUCUAAAACUAGUUGGGAGUUUGAGUUGAGGAAGCUGGUUCUAGACAGUCACUUGGUGGCACUCUUGCCUGUCCAAUGUCAGGCUGCAACAUCUUGUCCUAAAGAAAGGGGAUUUUGUCUGUCUUCCUUGUAUGUGUUUUAUUCUGUCCGUCUCAUUGGUGUCGUUCCUCUUUACUUGUAUGCUCUUUAUGCAGUUGCUGAGUUUGCCAAAGGUGGGGGUUUUUUGGGGGUUUUUUUUACUCCAACACUGCUGAAUUCUUUCAUGGAUAUGUUGCAACUGACUGCAUUGUUCUGUUUCUCAAUAAAUUUCAUUUAAAGAUUAA